AUGCUACUUCGUAUUAUUAGAUACUGUUCAACCUUUCAAGCUUAUUUAGAUGACCGUGAAAGAUUAAGACUGGCAUUAUUAUUUAAUAAAUAUCCUAAUAAAAUUAUUGAAGAAUGUUUUAAUUAUCUAUUAUUGAAAUAUAAAAUUGAUCAACCACUAAAUUUUAACAAUUAUAAUUUAAUUCUUCAAAAAAUUAUAGAAACACCUAUAAAAGAAAAAAUACCAGUGGACUAUGGUAAGACAAUGCUUAUUCAUUUUACUUAUUGUUCAAGUAUGAAAACAUUUCCAAAAAAAUUCCAUGCCCUCUGGGAUAAAUAUUUUUGUGAAUCUCCGAUUAAUGAGGUCUUACCCAUUCUUGGUACACGCAAUGUUAAAAAUUUACAACGGCAAUUAACUUAUACAAGAUAA